GCACCUUUUGCUUCUCCUUCUUCACAAAAAAAAAAUCGAGUCUUUUCUAAGCUCAAAUCUCAAACAAAAAUGGCGGUUCCGAUUCACUUCCUCAUCAACUCUCCACAUGAAUCAUCUGACGACGAGUUCAACCUUUCCGAGAUUUCCUAUUCAUCUGAUGACGACGAGUCCAUGGAAGAAGUCGAAUCGUCCGAGUUAGUCAACACAAACGCAGGAUCUCUCUCUUCUCCUCUCUCCAACCUCGAACAUGACGAAGAAACUGAGGCUAACGGUGGUAGUAUUGAGGAAGAUGAGUUUUGGGUUAAGUAUCCGUAUCUGAAGGAGUUAGUGGAGAUCAUUGUAUCUCAAGGUUUGAUUUCUGAAGACGAUGCUUUUGAGAGAGUGAAGCUUAUUGGUGAUGACAAGGCUAAAGAGUUGAAUGAUGGGUGGAAAGCUUUGUGUAUCGAGCAAGAUUUGGGUAACGAGAUGCUUGCUCUACUUGCUUCCACCAUGAAAUGAAGCAACUUUGGUUUUAAAUUAUCUGUUUUUGUGAUCUGUGUGACAACUUUGAUCUUUUGACAUGUUCGUUUAUGUUUUGGUUUAUGAACUUUUUUAAUUAUGAAACAUUCAGCUAAAGUUUUCAUUUACUC